AAACCAAGCAGUUCCGAUUUGUUGUUCGAGAAUGAUUUACGAGAAUAAUUUUUAUUACGAUUUGUAAAAAAAAAUAAAGCAAAAGUACUUUUAAAGCAGAUUACAUCACACUUAUUUCGUACGAACAUGACUGGUCGUGGCAACUUAUUGGCUUUGUUCAAAAAAAAAGAUGAGCCUUCCGAAAUUUCGGCUAGUAUUGGCGAUCAAACUAAGGAUAGCGGCUUGGAUGCUGAUCAAUCGCUAUCAAGCGGCGAGUAUCGGCGUGUUGCCAGGGACAAUGUCGCCAGCGAAUUAGCAACAUCUUUUCAAAAUGUCAAUAUCUCAGUUGGACGUGGGCGCGGUCGUGGCCAUUUUUUGCAAACAUUUAUGGCCGGUGGAAUUCAGCCUGUGGAGAGCAUAAGUACCACAGGAUCCUCUGAGGGAAUUGACAUGGGUGCGACUUCAAGCAAAUUCGAAGUGUCUGUGGAAAAAGCAGGUUCAGAUCACAAUCAAAACUUAGUGGCCGAUGCUAAGACUUGCAUUACCAAGCCGGGCUUAUUUUUACCAAAUCAAAUUUAUGGCGUAAAAGGCAACCCGAUUAAUGUGUCAACCAAUUACAUUUGCCUUAACUCUGAUCCCAGCAAGGGAGUCUAUUUGUACGAAGUGCGUUUUAGUCCCAAUGUCGAUUCAAUCCACUUAAGGAUCAAAUACUUAAACGAGCAUAAGGAUAAAUUUGGCGGCACAAAGACCUUUGAUGGUUCCUUAUUAUAUUUACCAAUUUUGCUCAAAGAAGAAUUGACAACGUUUGUUACCAAAACUGCGGAAAAUUGUGAAAUUGAAAUACGUUUGCUAUUCAAGAAGAAAGAGUCCCUCAAGGACUGCAUUCAACUCUACAACAUUCUAUUUGAUCGCAUUAUGCGUACGCUCAAGUAUGUGAAAUUCGAUCGCAAAAACUUUGAUCCCACACAACCAAAAAUAAUACCUACUGCAAAAUUAGAAGUAUGGCCUGGAUAUGUGACAGCUGUCGACGAAUACGAUGGCGGUUUGAUGCUUUGCUGUGAUGUAUCGCACCGAUUGCUAUGCCAAAGGACCGUGUUGGAAGACCUCGUUGACAUCUAUCUGAACAAUAAGAGUUGCUAUCAGGAGCAGGCGAAAAUCUAUUUAUUGGGUAGCAUUAUUAUUACCAGAUAUAAUAAUCGUACAUAUAGAAUUGAUGAUAUUUGCUUUACUGAAAAUCCACAAUCGAUGUUUGAAACACGCAACGGAUCUUGCAGUUAUAUCGAAUAUUACAAGACACAUCACAAUAUUAAUAUCAAAGACAUCAAACAGCCGUUAUUGAUAAGCAAAAAACAACAGAAAUAUGAAAAAAAUGCGAGCAAAGAUGAAGAUGAAAUACGGUAUUCUUUAAUACCCGAACUAUGCUAUUUGACUGGCAUCCAUGAUAAUAUUCGUAAUGAUAAAAAACUUAUGCGAGACAUUGCAGCAGUUACGCGAGUUACGCCAAAUCAACGGAUCUUGGCUUUAGAGAAGUACGUAAAAAAUGUAAAUAAAAAUGUCGAGGCAAAGCAAAUUCUUGCCAAUUGGGGAUUGACGCUAGCCAAUAACAACGUCAGCGUCGUUGGUCGCAAACUACUUGACGAGCAAAUAUAUUUUGCGAAUAAAACUGUAUCCGCCGGUCCAAAUGCUGAUUUUUCGCGAGAUGCAACCAACAGUGAAUUACUCGAUGUUGUUCACAUAGAUAAUUGGCUUUUGAUAUAUCACAAAAACGAUUUGAAUGCUUGCAAUUCAUUCAUGAAACAUAUGGAGACAUGUUGUGCCGCAUUUGGUAUGCGCAUAAAUAAACCAAAGAAAUUGAUAUUGGAUCAGGAUCGCAUAGACUCUUAUGUGGAUGCUCUACGUCGCAACAUCGUCAGUGAAACUCAAAUAGUUGUUUGUAUUUGUCCCACCAGCAGAGACGACAGAUACUCUGCGAUUAAAAAGAUUUGUUGUGCUGAAUUACCUGUCGCCUCACAGAUAAUCAACGCCAGAACAUUGUUCAAUGAUGGUAAGAAUCGCUCGAUAGUCCAAAAGAUUAUAUUACAAAUGAACUGCAAAUUGGGUGGUUCCUUGUGGUCUGUGAAAAUUCCAUUCAAAAAAGUAAUGAUUUGUGGCAUCGAUUCGUAUCAUGAUCCCAGCCAAAAGAGCAGCUCUGUAGCGGCAUUUGUCGCUUCGUUAAACGCAACCUAUACGCAGUGGUAUAGCAAGGCGGUUGUGCAAACCAAACGAGAAGAGUUGGUUAAUGGUCUAACUUCGGCUUUUGAGUGUGCUAUGGAGAGCUAUAAGCGGCGCAAUGGUUACCUUCCGGACAGUGUUAUAAUUUACAGAGAUGGCGUUGGGGAUGGUCAACUAAAUCUAUGCUCAAUGUAUGAGAUUCCCCAAUUCGAGGCUAUUAGUGGCAAAAAUAUAAAAAUAACGUUUAUAGUUGUCCAGAAGCGUAUAAAUACGCGAUUCUUUACGGGAAGUAACAACAAUUACACAAAUCCAUCGCCGGGAACCGUAGUUGACAAGGGCAUAACACGAGCUCAAAUGUAUGAUUUCUUCUUGGUUUCCCAAUCGGUCCGACAAGGAACUGUAAGCCCAACUCAUUUCGUUGUGCUACGAGAUGAUUCGAAUUACGGACCAGAUAUAAUACAAAAAUUAAGUUACAAGCUAUGCUUUUUAUAUUAUAAUUGGCCUGGAACUGUUCGCAUUCCAGCGUGCUGCAUGUACGCUCAUAAGAUGGCUUACUUGAUUGGCCAAAGCGUUCAGCGUAAUACAUCGGCUACUCUUGCAGAGAAAUUAUUUUAUUUAUAAGAAUUCAGUUUAAACUUGUUUAUAAGACCAUAUAAUCUAUCAUAUAAUCACUAAAUUAAGAUGCAAAAGUAACAUAAACUUAUUAAUUUGUUUUUUCGUUUUUCAGUACGCUCAUAAGAUGGCUUACUUGAUUGGCCAAAGCGUUCAGCGUAAUACAUCGGCUACUCUUGCAGAGAAAUUAUUUUAUUUAUAAGAAUUCAGUUUAAACUUGUUUAUUAUAACCAUAUAAUCGGUCAUCUAAUCACUAAACGUUUAUUAUAACCAUAUAAUCUGUCAUCUAAUCACUAAACUAAGAUACACAAGUAA